CACAAAUUAAACAAUAAAAAUUAAUUUAGAAAUCAAAGAAAAGAUGAUUCCGGCGUUAGUCCUCACCUUCCUCCUAACUACUCUCUCCGCCGCUACUCCCCCGCCGGUAUUCGACACCGACGGACACCCCCUUUACACGGGCGUUCAGUACCACAUCCUCCCGGCCGGCGGCGGCGGCGGACUGACUCUAGCCUGCCCGUUCGGCGUCCUCCAAUCCGACCACCCGGCGUCGCUCGGCCUCCCCGUCACGUUCUCCCCUGCUCUCGGCGGAGGUCACGGCCGGUCAAUCGACGUCCAGAUCGCGACGGAUCUGAACAUCGAGUUCGCGGCAAUGACGAUCUGCGAGCAGUCGACGGUGUGGAAGCUGGGCGCGUUCGACCACGCGGCGGAGAGGUGGUUCGUGGGGACCGGCGGCGUGAAGGGGAGCCCCGGCAGGUCGACGGCGCGGAAUUGGUUCAAGAUCGUGAUGGUUUCGGACAGUCAGGGGAAGUGGGGGCAGGGGUUGUUCAAGAUCGUUUUCUGUCCGUCGAUUUGCACAGGGUGCCACGUGUUGUGUAAGGACGUCGGGAUCUUCGUGGAUGGGGAUACUGGGAACCGCAGGCUUGCUCUUACUGAUUUUGGGCCUCUUGUGGUCCAGUUCAGGAAGGCCUGAUGAUUCUGGGCCUCUGGAGAGUGAAGCCCAUUUUUUAAUGGAUCAGCAGGGGGGAAGGACUCUUUCCGAGUAUUUUUUGUCUCGUUUAUUUUUUUUAAUUAUUCUUUAGUUUUUUUUUCCGCAAGGCAAACCCAAAAGGUAUAGAUGAUAGAACAUGGACUCGAUUACAAAAUUAACAACAACCAAAUACGGUAGUUUGUAUUCAACCGAACAACGGAUGAAAGAUUGUUUUGGUUUGGUAUUAGUAUUCGCUGAGGUGAUUAUUAUGUAAUUGGAUAUGUGCUUUUUGUUGUGUUGUCAUUUUUGGUGGGUAGAGAUGAGAAUUUCUUCUCCGAGUUAUAUUCAUUCUAUUCUAUAACAUUAAAAAUAUGAUUUAUAGAGAUUUAUGAAUCCAAAUCCUUUUAGUUGAGUUAUUUAACCUCUUAAAAAGAUACAAGAUCAAUAAAACUUAGCUCAUAACCCAUUUACAUUGACGAUUUUGUUACAUUCUAAAUAGUUUCAUGACGAUUUAAAUAAUACCCUAUAAUGUUCGACUCUAUCAGAGUGUUGGUUUGAGACUUUAAUUUCUCCGCAAAGAAAAAGCUAGCUAGCUUUAUUAUUGUCAUAGUGCACGAACCAAUGGCCAAUAAGGAUACAUUAUGGAUCUCUACCAACCAAAAUAUCAGAAUUCAGAGCUAAUAGAUUAGAGUGGCCGAG